AUGCCUCUGCGCAUCUCACUCCAGUCCUCUCUGAAGGCAUUGGCCGGAUCCGCUUCCGCUCCGCCGUCCAAUGUGUUCCACACCUCGAUCAGAGCUGCCUCCAGCAAGACGCAAGUGCGCAGAAAGCAUGAUCCUUUCAUGAUGGCUCAGGCUCGCCAACGUAAGGCAGCCAAUGUUUCUCGACAGAAAGAGCUCGCGGUGGAGCGGGAAUCCUCGCUCGGUGAUCCCGUGAAGAGCAGCCCGACACCAUUCAUCCUAGAAAUGACCGCAAUCCAAACCGACUCACAGGUCCCAUCCACUGUGACCGAUGACUUGAACUACUACUUGAAAGCCAACGAAUUGGACGCUGCUCUGGGCUACUCCAAAAACUUGACCGAGCCGCUCCCGGAGGCUACCCGCGACACCACCGAUCCUCAAGCCGAGAAGGAAGCCCUUGAGCGACACGAAAAGGAACACAAAAAUGCCCAGGAGGCAAUCAACCGAAUUGUGAACCUCAACAAUGGAAAUACCAAGGACCGGGUGCGCCUCAACAUCAUGAAGUGCGUCGAGACAUUUGGGCGACACUACACAGACCUGAAUCUUCCACCAAAGCCGUCAGCCAUGGUUCAUGGGUCUGCCCCCGUUCACCCGGAACGCGCGCCGCGCGUUGGGCCCGAUACCGGCUCCGCAGAGGUCCAGGCGGCGAUUUUGACCGUGAAGAUUAUGAACCUUUCCCGCCACCUGGAGUCUGCUACCAAGGACAAGCACAACCGACGCAAUAUGCAACUUCUUGUCCACAAACGCCAAAAGCUUUUGCAAUAUGUUCGCAGGAAGGAGCGCGGAGGCCCUCGGUGGCAGAACCUAAUGGGAACAUUGGGAUUGUCUGAUGCUGCAUGGAAGGGAGAGAUUGCCAUCUAA